CAUUCCAGUUUUUGCAUCGGGUCUGUUCACAUAAAAAUUAGAAAAUUCUGAUCGUAGAUUUCUUUUUUAAUAUUAGAUUUUUUGUGUUUGUGAUUAAUAUUAAAGCUAGUUUAAAAUCGCCAGAGCGAUAUUUUGUAAAUACAUUUCAACAAAUAUAAUUAGUUUUCAUUCAAAAUUAACACUUUAACGAACAAACUCGAAAAAAAUGGCAACACGUCGGGCUGCAGCUAUCGUUGAUGAGAAUUUAAUCACUCAUGGAGAUGCAUUGUCAGUUGGUGUCAAAAAAACGACACUCCAUACAGCGACAACAACAACAACAACACGUCGUGCGGCACUUGGUAAUUUGGUGAAUCGUACUGAAAAAUCGCGCAUUUUGAAUGAUAAAAAAUUGAUCAGUCAAAAUUCGGCUGAAAAUAUACCGAAUACAAUUGAUUUAAAGAACGUCAAAGCCCGUGUUGACACUCAUUGGAAAAAUGAGCCCCUACGAAAGCCACUUUUACGCAACAAUUCAGUCAGUAAGACCUCAAUCACGAGCAUCGGUUCAAAUGGUUCCGGUCAAUCUGGUCCAAAAUUGGUGCGCGUCAAAUCAACGGAAACGGCAACACUCAAAGAAGUCAAAAUUGAAAAGCCAGUUAUGAAACGGCAAGAUAGCACAUUGACACGACGCGCCAAACUUGCAACGAUCUUACCGAAAACUGCAAAUUCAUCAGAAAUUCUAAAGAAAAAGGUGCCAACCAACAAACCGGAACCAGAGGCAGAAGCGCCAAAACUAAUCGCUGACAAUCCAGUCAUUCAAUCAAGAUUCUGUCCACCAUCGUUUUCAUCAUCGUACUCUAAUGGUUUGAUCAAUGGCUUUGACGGUUUAAAUAUUGAUGAUGGUGACGAACGAAAUUGCUUGCUUGUAUGCGAAUACGUGAAUGAUAUCUACGCAUAUCUAUUUGAAAUGGAACAAAAGUAUGCCAUUCGAAAGAAUCAUUUAGAUGGACAAACAGAGGUACAUCCAAGAAUGCGUACAGUUCUAUUGGAUUGGAUAAGUGAAGUACACACGCAAUACCAUUUUACUCAGGAAACAUUCCAUAUAACCGUGUCACUCAUCGACCGUUAUUUGCAAACGGUCAAAACGACAUCACGGAAAAAUCUUCAAUUAGUUGGCGUGGCUGCAUUAUUUGUUGCAUCAAAAUAUGAAGAAUUAUACCCACCAGAUGUGAAUGACUUUGUUUAUAUUACAGACAACACGUACACAAAAGAGCAAAUUCUUCAAAUGGAGAAGCACAUUUUGAAGAAAUUGAAAUUUGAAAUGGGAGCUCCAACUGCAAUUCACUUCUUACGUCGAUUCUCAAAGGCUGCUAAAGCCGACAGUCAAAUACACAUUUUAUCGAAAUAUUUCAUUGAGCUGGGUGCCAUCGAUUAUGGACUUUCCGAAUACCUGCCAUCUGAGAUUGCAGCAGCAUCAUUGUAUGUCUCAUUGUGUAUUAUGGAAUCGCUAAUGUGUCCGGACAAAUCCAUCAAGUUUGACACCUUGUGGAAUUCAGUUUUGGAGUUUUACAGUACGUACAGUGCAGAAUACUUGCGGCCAAUUGUCAAAGAUUUGAUUACAUACGUAUUGAACGCACCAACGUCAAAAACAAAUAACGUCUAUAUCAAAUACAAAUCGGUAAAACAAGGUGAAAUGGCUCUAAUUUGUGAAAGAUCCCACAACAUUUUGAGAAAAAUCAUCAAUCAAGAAUGAACACAUUUACGAUAACGCAUUCACGCAUACACAUGCACAUCUUCCACAGAAGAAACUUUGCACAUUUUUUUUAAUCAUUGGUCCUUUUUUCACUUCAUUUAGAAAUGUAUUUUUUUUUAUUGUGUUGGUUUAUAUUGGACGAGUAUAAAUGCGAUUCAGCGUACGAAAUAUAAAGAAGUUUUUAAACAAAAUUGCAUGUUUGUAUAAAAAAAAUGAGAGAGAAAGAGAUAAAAAAUUUGUACCAAACGAUUUUUGUUCGAAGAUACGAGCCCAUUCCCAACGGAGGCCAUUUGAGUUCAAAAUAAUUUAAUCGAAUAAAGUGAAUGAAUAAAGUAUUUUAAGGCUCUCAAAAAUUAAAAA